AUGAAGAGGGGCCCUCCGGAGGAGCAGUACUGGACGGAGCUGGAGAAGGAGUGGCAUGAGUUCCAGCGGCAGCGGCGAGCGAGGAGACAGGCAGAGGCGGAGGAGGAGGUGACCUCGCAGCAGCCGGCGAGUUCAGCGAACACUGCUGCCGAGGCCAAAGCAAUGGCGGCUGCUGGCCCUGAUGGUGGCUCCGAGGUGGACAGUCACGACUGGCAGGGCAUCCCGUCACUGGCGGAGGCGAUGGCGAAGGCAGUCGCCGAGCCUCCUGAGGCAGCUGCCGAGCCGAAGCAGGCGCCGUGGAGGAGGAUGGUGGCUGUGGCACCAAGGCCGAAGGUGGCAUUGCCGAAGCCGCCGGUGGUGCCGCCGAAGGCGGUGGAGGCACAGCUGCAGCCGAAGCCGGUGGAGGCACAGCCGAAGGCCGUGGAGGCACAGACGAAGGCGGUGGAGGCACAGCAGCCGAAGGCUGUGGUGGAGGCUCAGCAGCCGAAGGCCGUGGCGGCACAGCAGCCGAAGGCGGUGGUGGAGGCACAGCAGCCGAAGGCGGUGAAGGCCCAGCAGCCGAAGGCGGUGGAGGCAGUGCAGCCGAAGGCGGCGAAGGCACAGCCGAAGGCGGCGGUGGCGGUGCAGCCGAAGGCGGAGGCAGUGCAGCCGAAGGUGGUGCCAGCUCGAGCCGAGUCAGCUUCUCUGCUGUUUGUGAAGCAGAUAGAAUGGCAUCGCCCGAAAUCCGAGCUCCUGGCGGCCAAGGAGGAGGCCGACUGGUACAAACAGGCCAGCGAGGCCUCUGGUGCUGGGUCGUCUGAUGACGUCAAGAAAGAGCAGGAGACCACGGAGGAGGACUACGUGUACUGGGAGAAGGACGAGCACGAUCCGGAUCUUUGGUGGAAGUGGUCGAAGAAGAAAGGCUGGCAACGGUGGAAGGGCUGGCUCACCAAGAUGGGGGUGGUCCUUCACAAGAGGUCUCGUGGCGAGAAGGUGGACCACAUCCUGGACAGGCUUGCCGAGCACCCGUCUAUGGUGCCUUUUCUGCGAAAGCUGGACCGGGACUAUGCCACCGAGGGCGAACGAUGCUACCGGCACUGGCUGUGA